UAUUUAGUAAUACCUCACAACUCUUAAUUAUUCUAUGUAACAAACUGAGUAGAAUAAAUUGUGGAAGUAUUUUUUUUUUCCAAUUUCGUAACUUAGUCCAAAGAUUAUAUACUCGACUUAGUCGAAGAAAUGAAAAAAUAGAAACAAUAAAACUUUUUGAAAAUACUUACUAUUCAAUUAUGUUUAUUCAGAUAAGUAGUUUAGUAAUUACGGGUUUAUUGUGGGGCUGGACAAAUCCAUUAAUUAAGAAAAAAUCUGAAGGGAUCGUCAAAAUUCAAGCAAGUAGCCGAAUAGCUCAAUUUAUUUUAGAAUUGAAGUUUUUAGCUACAAAUUUUGAGUACCUGUUUCCAUUGCUAUUGAAUCAAAUAGGGUCAGUAAUGUUUUACUUUACUAUAAAUAUUGCAGAUUUGACUUUAGCAGUACCGGUGGCAAAUUCUUUAGCAUUUGUUUUUACUGCUGUUUCUGGUUGGUUUCAUCAAGGGGAAUUGCCAAAUCUAGGUACGUGCCUAGGUGCUAUUUGUGUAAUAAUUGGAAGUGCAUUAUGUUGUAUAGGAAAAAUGUAAAUGAUUUCUCAGUUGUUGAGAAAUUUCAAAAAAAAACAACCAUAAAAUUUUAUACUGGACGAACUAUCUACAAAAUAUGCGAUUAUUUUUCAUAAUAAAAUCUUGUUCUUUA